AUGUUUAAGUCAGAGUGGCUUAGUCGCAAAUUAGCAGACGGUUUGAACGCGUGUCUUACAGAUAUGCCAGCUGCUGAUAAUAAUGCAGUGUUUGGGGCAAUAACUGCUUAUUUUUUCGGUCUGAUCAAUCCGCAUUUCUCCAACAGAUUUUUCAUUCGCGAGGUAUUCAAUAUGGUGAUGGGAGUGGUUGUUCUUUCGUCUAUAUACAAUAUGCACAACUUCCUGCUGAUUCUCUCGGGCGCUCCUCUGAAUUUGGUCCUGUCUUAUGUCCCUGCAAAAAAUAAGAAAACUCGGACAAAGAUGUUCCUGAUUUUUAAUCUACUAUAUGUGCUGGUAGCAUAUGCCGUAUACGACACCAAAGACACAAACCCGUUCCUGACAAUAUCUGCCUUUUUUAUGAAGUAUAUAUACAUUAGCAUGGAGUAUGUGCCCAGGAGCAACGGAUUUAUGGGGUACUUUGGAUACAUCUUCUUUGUUCCAGGGAUAAGAUACGGUCCUGUGAUGUCGUACAGUGCCUACGACAGAUGGCUCAAUGCAGGGUAUAUGUACCUAGCAGAAACAUGCGAAAAAAAAGAGAUAACAGAGUUUAUCGGGAACACAACAGAUCCAAAGACAAUAGAAGACAGAAAAGAAGACUUUGUCAUGCAUAGGUACAGCAAGCUAAUAACAAAUUCUGUUGGGAACUUUGUUUCUUCCAUUGCCUUCAUCAUUGCCUACAGACAGGUAGAGAGUGUGUUUAUGAAUGCCAGCAGAGCACUAACAGGCCAGAUGGGAUACUCUUUUGAGCUCCCCAUCUUUUACAUGUACAGACUGUUCUACAUUGGUGCUCUGUGGGCAUCAGAGCAGGCUGUAUAUCAGAUUGGGUUUAUAGACAAUAUGAAGAACGUGAAGAUAAGCCCUUUCCUGGCCUUCUGGAAGAACCAAGACCUCUUUGGGCGGUGGAACAUACAGGGCCACAAGUUCAUGCACAGAUUAGUCAGUUACCUAUCGGAGAAAGACAAGAAACAUGAUGGAAAAGAGACUAAAGAAGAGAAAAAAGCAGAAAAUGAUCUUUCUCAAAAGCCGUUUGACCUAAAAGAGCACAUAAAAAUAUCACUGCUCUCGUACACCCAUCUGCUCUUCUUCCCUGCGCACUUUGGAUCGGUGUUUCUGUCUUUAGUCCUGGUGUUUAUUAUGGGAUUCGUUAAAGAAAUGCCCGUGGCCAUGGGCAGUAAUGAAACGUACAGAUUCAUAGAGCUUUUGGGCGUAUGGAUUGGCCGAUUGUUUGUUUUUUCGUACUUUUUGCUGCCUGCUGUGUCCUCACCCCGAGAGACGCUUUGGAUUUGGAGGAAAGCCCUUGCCUAUGGACACUUUGCGUGUGUUUCUGGGAUUGUUGAGAAAGUGCUAGAGGAGAAAAACAGAAGCUUGCAGGAUUCAGAGAUAAAGGUCGUUCCAGCAGAAGAAAUAUCCUCAACCAAAGAAAAAACAGAGAAAAAAAAGGAUACAAGAAAAACAGUAGAGAAAACCACUGAAAAAGCUGAAACUAGUGCAUAA